CAGGACCAUUGAGGUUACCGAUUAUUGGUAGCUUAUGGUGCUUGAACACCAAAGAAAACAUGGGAACACAAAUGCUGAAAUUGAGAAAACAAUAUGGCAGCAUAUUCAGCUUCAAGUAUGGUCAACUUGAAAGUGUGCUUAUAUCUGAUCCAAAAGUACUGAAGCAAGUUUUGGCAAGUGAUGACAGUGCAGCAAGACCGCAUCUCUACUACACAACAAACCUCGUUUAUAUGAAUCAGAAUAUAGGGCUCAUAUGUUCUGAAGGUGAUCCAUGGAAGGAACAGAGAAGAUUUUGCUUAAAGUCAAUGCGGGAUUUUGGCUUUGGUAAAACUUCAAUGGAAGUAUCCAUCAUGGCUGAAUUGGAAGACCUUGUUGGGUCAUUGAAGCCUGCAGAUGCAAAAGCAGGAGAGUCAUUUGUAACUCAGCUUGAUGAAAGGGUUGCUGCUACAGUAUUGAAUUCUUUGUGGAUGAUAGUAGCUGGAAGCCGCCUUCAUUUGGAUGAUCCGGAAUUUCAGCAUACUCUCAAGAUCAUUCAGAUUGAAUUUAAUCCUGCAAUCAUAGCAUCAAUGUUUCCCAGCUUUAUACCUUUCCUACCAAUGAAAUUGAUAGGCAUGGGUCCAGAAAGAAGGAAUGGAAUUCAAAGAAGCUAUGCUUGGAUGAAAGCCUUUGUGGACCAUCAUAAGGAAACACUGGAUCCAUCUUCUUCAAGAGAUUUUGUUGAUGCUUAUUUGAUUGAGCAAAUUAGACUGAAGGAAUCUGGAAACUCAGAUCACAGCUUCACAGAUUUGAAUUUGCAGGCAGUUCUCUUUGAUCUCUUUGUUACUGGAGCUGAAACAACAUCAACAGGACUCAAGUGGUUCUUUUUGUACAUGGUUGAGCAUCCAGAAAUACAGGCAAAAGUACAUGAAGAAAUUGAGGCUGUGAUUGGUGUUAGGGCGCCUGAAUGGAAUGACCACUUGAAGAUGCAUUAUACACAAGCAGCCAUCCAUGAAAUGUGGAGAAUUCCCUCUGUGGCUCCUGCUGGAAUUGAGCACUUGUUGCUUAAAGACAAAGAAAUUGGAGGGUAUCUCAUUCCAAAAGGAACAAUGAUCCAAGGAUUGAUUUAUGCCAUUCACACUGAUCCAACGUAUUGGAAAGAUCCCAUGCUUUACAAUCCCAACAGAUUUCUGAAUGAAAGCGGAGAGUUUCAUAUUGAACACAAAGAUGCCUACUUACCCUUUGAGAUUGGAAAACGGCAGUGUUUGGGGGAAAAUGUUGCAAGGAUAACAACUUUUCUUGCAGUUGCUACUUUGUUGCAGAAAUUCAGGUUCAGGAAAGUUCCUGGGAAGAAAUACAACCUUGAACCAAAACCCAACAGCAAUGUUGUCAAUGGACCUUUCCCCUAUGAAGUCUUGGUUGAAGUUUGGGAAUGA